AAGCCGGGCAGAUGCCUGCACACCCAUGCUGGCCACCGCCUGCCCGGGCAGCAGGUGCACGGAGCGCUGGGGACCCGCUCCGGGCACCGGGGCCCACCAUGCUGCCCGCCUGGCUGCUUCCGCUGUGCUGCCUGCUCCUGCCCUUGGGCUGUGCCAGCCCCUGCCCCAGGGGCUGCAGGUGCUUCGGGACCCUCCAGCUCCAGUGCCUGGAGCCCAGUGGCCUCCGCAGCCUGGCAGAGCUGGCAGGGACGGAGAACUUCACCGACGUGGUCAUCGAGAACCAGAGGGCGCUGAGCCGCCUGACAUCGGAUGACAUCAAGGCCUUCCGGGAGCUGAAGAACCUUACCAUCUCUGGCUCAGGGCUGCACUCCAUCACCGAGGACGCCUUCCACGCCACCCCCAAGCUCAGCUACCUGAACCUCUCAUCCAACGCACUGGCAUCGCUGUCCUGGAAAACCUUCCGCCACCUGCCACUGCAGGAGCUGGUGCUUGUGGGGAACCCCUUCCAGUGCUCCUGUGACCUCCUGUGGCUGCAGCUGUGGCAGCGAAGUGGCCAGGCUGGGCUGGGGAACCAGUCGCUGAGCUGCUGGGGGCACAACGUGGAGGUCCUGCUGGCUGAGCUGCAAGUCCCAGACUGUGAGCUGCCACGGAUCUGGAUCGAGCACCAUGACGUGCCGGUGCAGCAGGGCGAGAGUGUAAACCUGACGUGCCACAUCCUGGGUGACCCGCCAGCCACCGGUGCUUGGAUCGUGCCUGACGUGGGCCUUGAACCGCCUGUCAUCGUCCAGGUGUCAGCCUCGGAGGUCUCCCUGCAGAUCUACAAUGUCUCAUCUGCCUUCAACCGCAAGGAUGUAACCUGCUGGGCCGAGAAUGGGGUGGGCCGCACUGAGGAGGCCGUGCAGCUCAAUGUCACCUUCCCGGCCGUGAUCCUGGACCUGCAGGAUGCCAUCGCGCAGCACUUCUGGUGCAUCCCCUUCUCGGUGGACGGGAACCCGGCGCCCAGCAUCCGGUGGCUGUUCAACGGCUCGGCGCUGCCUGAAGGGCCCUACAUCUACACGCGUAUCGUGGAGGCCGAGCUCAACUCCACUGUGCUGCAUGGCUGCCUGCACCUCAACCGCCCCACACAUGUCAACAAUGGCAACUACACGCUGCUCGUACGCAACCCUCUGGGCACCGAUGCCCGCACCAUCUACGGGCGCUUCAUGGACAACCCCUUCAGCUUCAACCCCGAAGAGCCCAUCCCAGUGUCGCUGUCUCCCAUGGGCCACGGGAACAGCACCCAGGAGGGGCCGGUGGAGACAUCGGAGGACCAUGGCAUUGGGGUCUCAGUGGCCGUGGCGCUGGCCGUCUUCGCCUGCGUCUUCCUAUCCGUCAUGCUCAUUGUGCUCAACAAGUGUGGGCGACACUCCAAGUUCGGCAUCAAUCGCUCGGCCGUGCUGGCACAGGAGGACGAUGUAGCCAUGUCCCUGCACUUCAUGAACCUGGGCAGCAGCCCCCUGUCCUCGGCAGAGAGCAAACUGGAUGGGGUGAAAGCCAGCGUCAUCGAGAACCCCCAGUACUUCUGCGACACCUGUGUCCACCACAUCAAGCGGCGGGACAUCGUGCUGAAGUGGGAGCUGGGUGAGGGCGCCUUCGGGAAGGUUUUCUUGGCCGAAUGCUACAACCUCAUCCCCGACCAGGAGAAGAUGCUUGUGGCCGUCAAGGCGCUGAAGGAAGCCACAGAGAGCGCUCGGCUGGACUUCCAGCGUGAGGCAGAGCUGCUGACGGUGCUGCAGCACGAGCACAUCGUGCGCUUCUACGGCGUGUGCACAGACGGCGAGCCCCUCAUCAUGGUCUUCGAGUACAUGAAGCACGGCGACCUCAACCGCUUCCUCAGGUCCCACGGGCCAGAUGCCAAGAUCCUGGACAACAGGAAUGGGCAACCGUUUGGGCAGCUGACACUGAGCCACAUGCUGCAGAUCGCCACGCAGAUCGCCUCGGGCAUGGUGUACCUGGCCUCCCUGCACUUCGUGCACCGCGACCUGGCUACCCGCAACUGCCUGGUGGGCCACGGCAUGGUGGUGAAGAUUGGGGACUUCGGCAUGUCCCGGGAUAUCUAUAGCACCGACUACUACCGAGUGGGGGGCCGCACGAUGCUGCCCAUCCGGUGGAUGCCCCCCGAAAGCAUCCUCUACCGCAAGUUCACCACUGAGAGCGAUAUCUGGAGCUUCGGGGUGGUGCUCUGGGAGAUCUUUACCUACGGGAAGCAGCCCUGGUACCAGCUCUCCAACACCGAGGCUAUCGAGUGCAUCACGCAGGGCCGGGAGCUGGAGCGCCCGCGGACCUGCCCCUCCGAGGUCUACGACAUCAUGCAGAGCUGCUGGCAGCGCGAGCCUCCCCAGCGCCAGAGCAUGAAGGAGAUCCACCGCCGGCUGCAAGCCCUGGUCAAGACGCCGCCUGUCUACCUGGACAUCCUGGGCUAGCAGCCAAGGGGCCACGGCUGCCGCCGGGGGAGCUCCCACUGCUCCCUCAGACCCGAUGCAGCCCGGGACGGGGAUGCCUAAAUUGCUGUGAGCCUGCGAAGGAUGGACGGGUGGAGGCUUCCUGCUGCUGGGUGCCUGCCCCAGCCCUGCUCACCCUUUCCCUGUCCCUGGCUGGGGGCUGCCUGGACUUCAACCCCCACCUUACCCUGCAUCUGGGGCCACCAGAUGCUGCUUGUGUUUCGGAGCGGGCCGGACUCUUGCUUUUCCCGAUCAGAGGUUGGCCAAUAGGGUUGAUGGGACGGGGGGGUGGAUGGGGCUGUCCCGCAGUCCCCGUGUGUUUCUAAACCUAUUUAUUCUUGUAAGCACUAGAUCAUUGCUAUAGGGGCUUCUCGGGGCGGGGUGGGGGGUGCCUGAUUGUACAGAACCAGAGGCUCAUGGCAGCCGGGGGGGCUGCACCAUCUUGCAUCGCAGCCCUAGAGCAUCCAUUGCACCCAUGAAGGGUUUAUGGGGGCCAUGGCUCCCAUCCUUCCCACCUGCAAGGUCCAGUUGGGGUCUCCUGGGGGCCAAGGGGGCUGGUCUGCAGCAAGGGGAGACCUCACCAUGGCAGGAGCUGGCACUGGGCAGAGGUGAUGGAGGUGGCUCUGGGCUUACGCAAUGGGCCCGAUUCUGCUUGUGCUGCAGCAAUGCCUGGUUCGACCCUGUCCGCAUGGGUCUAGCAGCAGCUGGGACCUCCCUGUCACUGGGCCUCCUUGCACGAGCACAGCUGCUGGGGCCACGUGCACCCGUGGCUUUGCACAGGGACCUGCUGUGAAAUAAAACCUCUGCCCAAG